UAUAGGACAGGGCAUUUUCAAGCAGCUUGUCCUGUCCUAUAUUAUGUUGUCCACUGUGCAGCAUGAUGUCCAGUGUUGCUUAAAUCUGUGGUAGCUGUAGCAUGGAGACUGAGCUAUUAAAACCCCGUCAUAAAACCAAGUCAUAUAUAAAUGAUCUGCAUUAUAUGCAACCUAAAACUUUGUAUUCUUGGAUGUAUUAACCUUUUUUUCACCAAUUGCCAGCUGUAAAAAUAGAGGGUGCCAAUUAGUUAAUAAAAUUGCUUUAUAAUCUGCAGAAAGCAUUUGGUCUCUGUAAUUGUGUUUUGUUGCCUUUGGCUUGAAGGGCCGAAUGGCCUCCUCCUGCACCUAUUUUCUAUGUUUCUAUAUAACUGUCAUGCACGAAAUUUUGUUCAAACUUGUUUGAAUAACAAUAAAGGAAAUUCAAUUCAAUUCAAUCUACAGGUGGAGAUUAUCUUCCUCUAUUUGGAAAUGAUUCACGAUGGAAAUGAUGCAUUCAUAACUUCAAGACACAAUCUGAAUUCAAUUGUAUUCAAUUUUUGUCAAUGUGAGAUGUAAACGAAGUGCUCACAAUCACGAUGCCAGAGACAAAGUCGUGGAAACAAGGAACUCCUUUAUUUAUGAGUCUGCAGCCCCCGGGUGUCUCUCCAACCGAGACACACCGAGACCAGGAAACCAUCCUCUACUUAUACAGCACCAUUUGGCUGAAUCAGCCUCCCCUUCUGGCUCCUUCCAAUCAGAGCACUAAGGUUCACAUUCUCACCAGAAAGUCCCGUAACGCCCUUCAACGUCCAGGUUACCUCCCACAUCAUACAUCGCAUGUGCAUUUAAAUGAGACAUUUUGUUAUGAUGGGUGUUGUUGUAAUAUUCAUGUAUCUUAUUAAGCAUGCGCAGUACAGAGUAGUUCCUGCCCUUUUCCCCAGUUCUCGUAAUGUUUCUGCUGGACUGCUGGAAGCUCACCAUUAUCCUACCUCAGCUAUUUCUCAGGAUUUCUAAUCUAAAUCAACUAUCCCUAUUAAUCCUUUCCUCACAAUCCACCCUUUUUCUUUUGCUACACAAUUUUGAUUUAUACUAUUUCCUCCUUCUCUAGUGCUAGCAGCAGACUCUUCACCUCCCUAUCCUCCUCUCGCUGGUCAUACUGUGUUCUGAAGGCCAUCAUGGCGGCGUUGUUCUUUGUCAGGGCUGUCUCUAUCAAUCGCUGCGCCAACCACCGUACGCAGGGAAUGAUACAACAUCCGAAUAGGCACAGCAACCCCAUCAUAACUACCACUGAUGUUAGGGCUGAUGUAAAGAUGUGCUUCCAUUUCCCAAACCAGGAGUCUAGAAACCCGGUCCAGGAGGUGUCUAUUCCAGAUUUCUCGGCCAAUUCGAUAGACAGGGGCGUGAGACCUGCUAGGACUCUUGACACUGACCCAUCCGGAGCAGUGUUGUUGGGGAUGAAGGUGCAACAUUGUUCCCCAAACAUUACACACACCCCUCCCUUCUCAGCCAUUAGCAUGUCCAAGGCCAUGCGAUUUUGCCAGGCCAUUAGGCUGGUAGCUGUCAGUUGUUCCGCUAAUCCUUCAACUGCAUCUCGAGUGUAAUUUAUAAAGCGUUGUUGAUUGUAGUAUAGGUAGUUGAUCCAGUCCACAUUUACUUACAGUGAUUACCAUCAUUAGCAUGUGCCAAGCACUGCAUUUUAUCUCUUAUUUCAAUCGUUCUUUCUCAAAGAUCAGAGUCAGUGGUUUCUUUCCCUGUCUUAUACCGUCCACUUCUCCUCAGCCGGAGAUUCCACCGGUCCCUUUAUUCGCACUGCGUGUGUCCACCCUUUUUCUUUUGUCUGCACUGCUGUUUCCGUGGUCAAUAGUACCAAAUAUGGACCAGUCCAACGGGGUUGCAACUUUUCUUCCUUCCACGAUUUUACAAGAUCCCAGUCCCCCACUUUCACAGAAUGGAUUGGAAAGUCGAGAUGGGGACUCUGUGCCAGCGUUGGCAGACUUGGUUUUUAAUUCUGUAAUAGAAUGAGAUACUGCCAGUAAAUAGUUCCUUAAGAAAACAUCACUACCCUCUAGGGUGGGUAUUCGUUCUAUCUUUCCCAAAUAAUAAAGACUUAACUUGUUCAACCUUUCUCUGUAUCUUAGUUGCUGAAACCCAGUCAACAUUCUAAUUGAUCUCCUCUGUACUCUCCAUAUUUUGUUGACCUUUUUCCUAUAAUUAUGCCAACCAAAAUUAUACACCAUACUCCACAAUUGACCUCACCAAUACCUUGUACAAUUUAACAUUACAACCCAACUUCUAUGCACAAUGCUCUGAUUUAUAAAGGCCAACACACCAAAAUCUUUCUUUACCAUCCUAUCUACACGAGAUUCCACCUUCAGGGAACUAGGCACAGUUAUUCCUAGAUCCCUCUGUUCAACUUCAUUCCUCAAUUCACAAUCAUUUACCAUGUACGUCCAAUUUUGAUUUGUCCUGCCAAGAUGUAUCACCUCACACUUAUCAACAUUAAACCCAUGUGCCAUGUUUCAACCCACUCUUCCAAAUGACCUAAAUCUCUCUGUACACUUUUAAAAUCUACUUCAUUAUUCACAACACCACCUAUCUUAGUAUCAUCUACAUACUUAUUAAUCUAUUUUACCACACCAACAUCCAGAUUAUUGAUUCACAUGACAGACAACAGUGGACCCAACUCACAUCCCCGAGGUACCCCUCUAGUCACUGACCUUGAACCUGACAAACAUCCAUCCACCAUUGCUCUCUGACAUCUACCAUACAGCCACUUUUUAAUCCAUCUUGCUAUUCCUUACUAACCCCUUCUUAACCAACCUUAUUUCCUUAUUGAAGUUCAUCUAGACAACAUCCACCACUUUACCCUCAUCAAUUUCCCUAAUAACCUUUUCAUUAAAAAAAAUCAAGAUUAGUCAAACAUCACAAUCACAAAUCCAUGCUAAUUCUUCCUAAUCCUACCCUAUUUAUCCAAAUUCCUAUUGUCUUUAGUAUCCUUUCCAUUAUUUUUCCCACCACCGAUGUCAAACAACAUUCUUGUUAAAACUCUACUCUUUUCUCACAUCUUUGUCCUCCUGUUCACUUACCUCAGGGCUAUUAUCUAUUCGUACCUGCGGGACAGCCAUCAUGUAAUUAUUGAAAUGAUACUAGGUAUAUCAACCUUCUAAACGAACAUCAGUCGGUGGUUUAGAAAACUCAUACAUACACCUUGUCUUCGGGUUUAAAGGGUCCUUCCUCCUGGUCCAUCUCCAUCAGCUUUUACUUUACCUGUUCAUAAAUAGACUUGUAUAUCAUAAUUAACUGUUUCAUAUACUUUUUAAAUUCUAUCUUUAACUGUUCCAAACUCCAUCCCUUGUAGGGAUCUUUCCAUUGUGCCACCUGCUGGUUAGUUUGCAUGCAACAUCUCUUCAGUACCAAUGGCAGGGCAUCGAUUCAAUUCAACUUUGUAAUUACACAAAUCUUAUUUAUAUUAACCUUCAAUGUUCCAUUUAUUCUUUCCACCAUGCCUGUGACUGCAGGUGUUACACACCCAAAUGUGUAUUUUACUCUAAGAGCCUGUAUUGCCAACUUGACUUCUCUCUAAAUGAAAACAACCCGUUGUCAAAGCUGAUUUCUGUAGGUCUACCAAACCUCUUAAUUACCUUAUUCAUCAUAAACGACACUACAGUGCUCAUACCUAAAUCGAUUCAGACUUACCCUAGACAAAACAACAGCUUAUCAUCUUCCAGAUCCUGUUCUGGCUGCUUCGUCUGCACUUUAAUUUACCUUCUUAUGUGCUUGACAUGUACUGCUAACUUUUGGUCUCCAUUUCCCCAUACAAUUUCAACAUAUUUUCCAAUCUAGUCUGAACAAUAUCCUGCCUUUCCCAAGGUCAUCAUCCUCUGUCCUACAUUCUGAAGUUUUUUUUUUAAUCUCUCUCUCUCUCUUACAUUGCUUUUCACUUGUGGAACAAACCAACAAUUCAUCCACAUCAUCAAAUACUUUCUAAGGGUAUACCUUCCAACUCUGCCUUUAUCAUCUAAUUAAAACAUGGGGCUAGUAUUCAAAACCCUACCUCAUCCUAGCCUUUCUUGACAUCCUCCUUUAAAUCUCUUUCUCUCUUGGGGACCCCAGUCCUGUUAGGGCUUAUAUCCAGAUUAAUUUCACUCCUGAUAGGACAUUUUGAGGAAACGUUCCCCAAAGACAUUUAUUAUUGGCAUGUAAUUCUCUGGCCCUGCUUGGUUCUGUCAUAGGACUCACCUGUGUCAGUUCAUCACUUAUUUCAGUCUUUUCAACCAGGUCCGUUGUUUAUUGACAACAUUGUCUUUCUUUUUCCAGCUUUCUUUUUAAGCUUUUCCUGCUGGUUUGCAAGUCUUUUUCCUAUCUUUGCGAUAUUUCUAGACCGCAGAGACCAACUGUUUGCUGAAUCGGGGGUGGGAAAUUAAUGACAAUCCCAUCACCUCCUCCAAUCUGCUUGACUUUAAGAAGAAUGACAUCCACCACAGUAGUUCAUAAUAUAAUGUUCAUCAACUGGUUGCCUAUUUCUUGUUCAUUUUCAACUCUCCACCUUUUCAGCUGAUUUUCCAGAUAGGCUACAUUAUUUGCCUCUCCUUGUGUAUCUCCCCUUUGUUCCUUGGGGUUCACCUUAAGUGGGUAACAUUGUCUGAGGGCCUGCCAUACCCUCUGCCUGACUGUGUCAAACAGCAUGCCAUUGCUUAUUACAUUGUUCGCAUCAGUUUAUACCAUCCAUCUUCAGUAGUUCUGUCACUUUAGUGGUUCCUAUCACUUUUACCAACAGUGCCUUCAAAUCUUCCAUGGUCAAUAAUCGUCCCACGUUCUCCUCCUCCAAAGACCUAAUCCAUUUCCUCCCCCAUCAGGGAUAUAGGGUGAGGUUUUUUUUUAUUUUUUUUUUUAGCCCUCUGUUUAUGGGUGCCCCAAGGGAUAAUCCGUGUCUGUCCUUCUCUUUUCUCUUUAAAGCAGUCUCAUCACUUUAUCCCUAUGCUUCCCACUUUAAUCCUUUCUGGUAUGCCUUCUUUCUUAUUCUAAACUCAAUUUCUUGCUUCUCAAAUAUUCUACCCUUGCAAAUUCAUUCACCUUUCUUUUUAAAUCUUCCACUGACUCCUCCUGCUUUAUUACUUUCACACCUGUCGUUUCCUACUUCUGUUAUCUACUAACUGCCUCUCUCUCCUUUCUUUCUAAACUUGAAUGUUUACCAUAAAACAACAAACCAUAAAAGCUGCUCAUGUUUCAUCAAUUAACUUAUUCCCAAUUAUUUCAAUCCAUAUUCACCCACUAUUUUAAAUGUCCAAUUCCUAGCACUAGUAACAAUUUUCCAAAUUAACUUUACUGACAAGAAAUCUGACAGAACAUCAGAAAAUCCAAAAGUUGAUUUUACAACUUCCCCUUUUAGGUUACGAGGAUACAAACAGCUAAUCGUUAUCUUACACCUGUUUGUAACCUUCCCCCAUUGCUUCCAAUUUAUUUAAAGGAACCUACAGUGGAAAUUUUUGAUUCUGCUGUGGGUGGUCGUCUGUGUUCAACUCUAUAAUUUGUUGUGUUCUAUUUUUUUUAAUUUAUUUACUAACCUUUACAAUGUGGUCUACAAAUGCAAUAAACAAAAUAAUUAUCACAUAUAGAAACCUCCUCUUUCAUUCCAAACCGGUUUUUACACACAAAUCACAUUUGUUCCAUUACUUCAAAUAAAUUAUUCAAUUUAUAUCAUUCUUAUCUCCCUGUCCGACCUCUCCCGUCCGACAAAACAUUCGCCCCAACAGACUAUCGGGCAGAAUGUGAGGACCCUCUUUCCUCAGUCCCUUUUUCUUAACACCGUGUUUAUCAUACCUGCUUUGCCCGUACAGACCCCUGAACUCUUCAGGGCGGUAAUACCUGCCUUGCCCGUACAGACCCCUGAAUUCUUCAGGGCGGUAUCCACAAGGUCUUAACCCAAUCGCCCGAGAAGUACUGAAUAGUCAAUUUUCCUUACCCGGGUCCCGUGCACAGGAAUUGCUCGAUUUAUCCCUUCCUUUACACCUGAUUCCCUCUUGUUUCCAGAGUCUCUUGUCCGGAUAUCACUCGCUCAAACGGCUGACGGCAAGCAAGGAGUCGAGACCGCUGAACUCAGCGGGGUGCACCGUCCUUUCUCCCGCUAGCCGUCCGGGGUGGGAUCCCGGAACCGAGCCCCCAAGCUUGUGAGAUGCAAACGUGAGUGCUCACAAUCACGAUGCCAGAGACAAAGUCGUGGAAACAAGGAACUCCUUUAUUUACGAGUCUGCAGACUUCAUGUAACACCAAUAUCUGAUUACAACAUUCAUGAACAUAAAUGAGACCCAAGUAAAAAAAUAAAAUGUAUGCAUUUCUCUUAUAACUGAAUAGAUCGGCGAUGUUUGGGGUUUGAAGACCGGUCCCUACUCGGAAUGACGCCUGUCUAUUUCACUCCACAGAUGCUGCCUGACCCGCUGAGUUACACCAGUACUUUGUGUUCUUGAUGACAGAGAGUCCUUCACAAAAGUUGUCCCGCGGUAAAAAAUAAUCUUGCUUUUGUAAUUCAGAUCUGUGAUUUCUUCCAACAUUGGUAUUCACCAAGGAGAAGGAUAUUGAAUUAUGUGAGGUAAGGGAAACAAGUAGAGUAGCUAUGGAAACUAUGAGGAGCAAAGAAGAGGAAGUACUGACACUUUUGAGAAAUAUAAAAGUGGAUAAGUCUCCAGGCCCGGACAGGAUAUUCCCUAGGACAUUGAGGGAAGUUAAUGUAGAAAUAGCAGGGGCUAUGACAGAAAUAUUUCAAAUGUCAUUAGAAACGGGAAUAGUGCCAGAGGAUUGGCGUACUGCGCAUGUUGUUCCAUUGUUUAAAAAGGGGUCUAAGAGUAAACCUAGCAAUUAUAGACCUGUUAGUUUGACGUCAGUAGUGGGCAAAUUAAUGGAAAGGAAACUUAGAGAUAAUAUAUAUAAGCAUCUGGAUAAACAGGGUCUGAUUAGGAACAGUCAACAUGGAUUUGUGCCUGGAAGGUCAUGUUUGACUAAUCUUCUUGAAUUUUUCUCGGGAAAUUGACGAGGGUAAAGCAGUGGAUGUUGUAUAUAUGGACUUCAGUAAGGCCUUUGACAAGGUUCCUCACGGAAGGUUGGUUAAGAAGGUUCAAUGGUUGGGGAUAAUGGUGGAGUAGCAAGAUGGAUUCAACAGUGGCUGAAUGGGAGAUGCCAGAGAGUAAUGGUGGAUGGUUGUUUGUCAGGUUGGAGGCCAGUGACUAGUGGGGUGCCACAGGGAUCUGUGUUGGGUCCACUGUUGUUUGUCAUGUACAUCAAUGAUCUGGAUGAUGGUGUGGUAAAUUGGAUUAGUAAGUAUGCAGAUGAUACUAAGAUAGGUGGGGUUGUGGAAAAUGAAGUAGAUUUUCAAAGUCUACGGAGAGAUUUAUGCCAGUUGGAAGAGUGGGCUGAAAGAUGGCAGAUGGAGUUUAAAGCUGAUAAGUGUGAGGUGCUACAUCUUGGCAGGACAAAUCAAAAUAGGACGUACAUGGUAAAUGGUAUGGAAUUGAAGAAUGCAGGCGAACAGAGGGAUCUGGGAAUAACUGCGCACAGCUCCCUGAAAGUGGAAUCUCAUGUAGAUAGGGUGGUAAAGAAAGCUUCUGGCCUUUAUAAAUCAGAGCAUUGAGUAUAGAAGUUGGGAUGUAAUGUUAAAAUUGUACAGGGCAUUGGUGAGGCCAAUUUUGGAAUAUGGUGUACAAUUUUUGUCGCCUAAUUAUAGGAAGGAUGUCAACAAAAUAGAGAGAGUACAGAGGAGAUUUACUAGAAUGUUGCCUGGGUUUCAGCAACUAAGUUACAGAGAAAGGUUGAACAAGUUAGUGCUUUAUUCUUUGGAGCGCAGAAGGUUAAGGGGGGACUUGAUAGAGGUCUUUAAAAUGAUGAGAGGGAUAGACAGAGUUGACGUGGAUAAGCUUUUCCCACUGAGAGUAGGGAAAAUUCAAACAAGGGGACAUGACUUGAGAAUUAAGGGACAGAAGUUUAGGGGUAACAUGAGGGGGAACUUCUUUACUCAGGGAGUGGUGGCUGUGUGGAUGAGCUUCCAGUGAAGGUGGUGGAGGCAGGUUCGUUUUUAUCAUUUAAAAAUAAAUUGGAUAGUUAUAUGGACGGGAAAGGAAUGGAGGGUUAUGGUCUGAACGCAGGUGUAUGGGACUAGGGGAGAAUACGUGUUCGGCACGGACUAGAAGGGUCGAGAUGGCCUGUUUCCGUGCUGUAAUUGUUAUAUGGUUAUAUGGUUAUUGUUAAUGUCACCGUAUUCUUUCUCAACCAGGUAGAGGUAAAAGGCGUUUUAAAAAAAGGGUAGCAACAUGGAUGCAUAGAACAUCAAAUAGAGAACAGUAUAACAACGGAAAGGGCCCUUCGGCCCACAAUAUUUGUGCCGAACAUGGUGCAAAGUCAAUCUGAUCGCAUCUACCAAUACACGGCCCAUAAAUCUUCCCGCACUACCCUGUACCUAUCUAAAAGCCUAUUGAACGCAAUUAUCGUCUCUGCCUUCAUCACCACCCCUGACAGUAAAUAGGAUAGGGGAGGUUUGGAGAAAUAUGGGUCAAACGCGGGUGAAUGGAACCAGCUUGGAUGGCCAACUAUAUCGGCAUGGACGAAAUGGACAGAAGGACCUGUUAGCGUCCUGCAUGACUAUGAUUCCACGGCUAUUUCCACCACGUUUCCCAUGUCGUUUUCAGCCGGGACAGAAGCUUACUAUUUGGAGAAGAUCCUAGUGAAGGCACCGAUUCCAUCGGCACCUGUACGAUCAUACUCCAAUACCAGAAUUAGGGUAUUUCGAUCCGGUUCUUACGGAGAUCUCACCAGCAACAGAUUCCCCCACUAAUUCCCCAGUGCAACAGCAGGAACCCCUGCAGGAGCCUUCACUUUACCAGCCUGACCAAUGGCUCUAUCCCCAUCUGUUGCUUGAUGGCAAACAGAUGGGAAUCUUUGCUUAUAUAACAUUACACUGCGAGGUUCAUUGACAGAAUCAAAACACAAAACAUUGGAACUUUCCGCCCACAAGUUCUGUCCUCGCAUUUACAUCAAUAUUUACAAGUGUGAAUUGUUAGUUUACGAUUGUGUCUGUGUUUAAAUUGUCAUGUCAACUUUUUUAUUUCCCCCAAAUUAUUACAGAAGCGAAUAAAAAUACAUUGGAAAACCUGAACAUAAUAGUUGCGCUUUCUCGCCAAUUUUAAAUUUAGUCAGCUAUAACUCGACUUCUUUAGAACAUCGAUAUUUCAGUUAGAAGUUAAAACUGGAAAGUUUGUGUUUAAAAGCUGAUUACAUUACAAAGUUUAAAUUGUUAAUUCAUUGAAAAUUUGCCAGAAGUUAAGUUUCAAUUAGUAAAUAUGAUUUCUGUUAUUUUUAUGACUAGCUUAUCUAAUGCACUUAAAACGCCGAAGGGAACUUUGACCCUAAAAUGUACAUUGGAAUGAAGUUUGUUUCCUAUCAUUAAUUGCAAACUGUAGAGCCGAUGAACGUCGCGAGCCUCUGUAAUGAUAUAAGCACAAGUCCCGGGUAAAUUAUAUGUUUAAGUAGCAUUCUUUCAUGGAUGGUAUCACUGAAUAAGAACGGGCUGCUCACACAACAUAUGGUAGAUUUUAUGUAGUUUCUUCCAUGCAAUAAUAUUCAUACAAAAUUUAUAAAGUGAAAUGAGAAAAGAUAGGUAGUUGAUCAGCACUUAAAAUAUAUCUUUUGGAAAGUGGUACCCGCAUGAAAAAUGUAUGCAGUGUUCUUUGUCUCUCCUUUUGAAAUAAAGUAUUGUCUGGAUGCCUUCUUUUCAAACAUCUCCGCAUUGGACCGUCAGAUAUUUCAAUGUUCACAAAUCAGCCUCCAAACUUCAAAUGAUAAUUGUGCUCGCGCCUGCCAUUUUUAAAUGCAUCUCCCGUUAAUUGUAUUCAAAGGAACGCAUCAUACAUGAAGAAAGGGAAAGUUUGAAAACAUCUUUAAGUAGAUUAGUAAUAAAAUCACGCAUUUGAAGGCCGUGUUCAGCACCCUCUUUAACUCCUACUAUUCUCAGAUUUUGCCUCCUUGACCUGGCCUCUAAAUCUUGACAUUUCUCAUUCAGUUUAUUCGUUAGCUCCCAAUUCGUAUCGUGUUGUUUUUUCAGACCUGUUUUUUAUUGGCUCAUCUGUUCCAUUUCACCCUCCAGCUCUUCCAUCAAUUUUUCCGUGUCUGUUAAUUGCUUCAACAGGGUGUCAUGUUUAUUGUUAUAAUCUCUCUGCAUACUUUCCAAUUCCUUCACAGUCCUGGACUCCAAAUUUUUAAACUGCUGGUUCACGGCUACAUAAAGCUCUUUUACUUCGCCACAGCUAUUAUCAAUUUUCUUAGAAAGAUUGCCCUCCAUAGUGGAGAAGUUGUUCUGAAUUGUAGAAUUCAUUUUGGCAAAUUGCUUCUGAAGAUCUUUAGUAAUAUCUUUAAGAAUAUUAGCUCUUACUGUUCCUUCCCAGCUUUUCAUUUCUUUCUCCUUUGUAUCACUUCUCGCAGCCAUAUCGCUUGUAGGUUGUUGAGGUUCCAGCUCCUCUUCCAAACUUUCAAAAGUGGGUUCAGGGGUGAUUUCAAGCUCAUCCAGAGCUUUUUGGAGCUGGAAACUGAUUGUAGUCUUCUUGGAUCCUCUCUGACCUCUUCUCUUUCUCAUCCAGUUUUUACGAUAAGAUCGUUUUAAAUCCCAAAUCCACCAGUACCGUUUGAUGGAAUCAGUACCCUCGACGUUCAGCAAACCUGAUAAGAAUUUUUAACUCGAUCCUGGCAUGGUAGUCGACUUUAAACACGAUUUGUCUAGAGGAGAGCUCAGUGCAGCUGCCUUCACUGCUUCAUAGCAGCCACCGGAAGUCUGUACAACCAUACCAACUGUUAAAAUGUGGAUUAGGAAUAUGAUGGACAUAGCACGCCUUGAAAAAAUGAGACUCCGACUAAUAGAUAAAUAUGACCAAUUCUUAAGGAGUUGGUCUCCUUUCAUCGACUUUUUGGAAUCAUGUGAUGCAGCGGUACCGUAAAGAUUGCUGAUUUCCGUUCAUGACGUGGAUAGAUCUACAUCUCCGAAUACAGAUUUGAAAAAUUCUCUUUUAAGGGGCCUUCUCUUCUAUUUCUACUUUCCACUUUUUAUUUAUUUAUUUAUUUUUUUAUAUACACACUUCACGUUUUUCUACUCUCUACCAUCUAUUUUUCCACUUUUUCCUCUUUCUAUUGUUUUCUUUUUCUUGUCUUGCUUACUUCCUUUUCAUAACAUAAAACUAGAGGUUGUAUAUAGAAUGGAUUACGGUAUGACAUAGUUGGCACCUAAAAUUAGGUUCCACUGUACUGUUUUGUACUGUAUUAACUUCUAAUAAAAUAAACAAAAACAAAAACAAAAACAAAAAAAGCCAGAGGAUUUGGAAACUUUCAUCGGACAACAGAAGGAAACAAAAUCAAGCAAUACGGGCUGAAAAGUUGAAGUACGAGGGGAAGCUGGCCAGGAAUGUAAAGAAGGACAGUAAAAGCUUCUUUAGAUAUUUUAAGGGAAAAAGAAUAGCAAAGUAAAAUAGCAAAGUAAAGUGGGUCCCUUGAAGGCAGACACGGGUGAAAUUAUUAAGGGGAACAAGGAAAUGGCAGAAGAGUUGAACAGGUACUUCGGAUCUGUCUUCACAAAGGAAGUUUGCACCCUAGCGGCAUAAACAUUGACUUCUCCAAUUUCUGGUAGCCCUUGCUGUCUCCCCCCCUUCUCAGCUCUCCCUCGGCCCUCUGGCUCCUCCUCUUCCUUUCUCCUUUUUUCUCCCCACCCCCAAGCCCCUCAUCAGUCUGAAGAAGGGUUUCGGCCCGAAACGUUGCCUAUUUCCUUCGCUCCAUAGAUGCUGCCUCACCCGCUGAGUUUCUCCAGCACUUUUGUCUAGGAUGUUUUGAAGGAUGAAUGCGAUCUCAUUGAAACUUCUAGUAUCUUUGCCCGCUAGUCCAAAUAUCUCAGUUGUCUGGUACUAAGUUGAGCGCUGCGAAUAACCAAACCGAACCGGGAUCUUAUAGAAACUUACAAAAUUCUUAAGGGGUUGGACAGGCUAGAUGCAGGAAGAUUGUUCCCGAUGUUAGGGAAGUCCAGGACAAGGGGUCACAGCUUAAGGAUAAGGGGGAAAUCCUUUAAAACCGAGAUGAGAAGAACUUUUUUCACACAGAGAGUGGUGAAUCUCUGGAACUCUCUGCCACAGAGGGUAGUUGAGGCCAGUUCAUUGGCUAUAUUUAAGAGGGAGUUAGAUGUGGCCCUUGUGGCUAAGGGGAUCAGGGGGUAUGGAGAGAAGGCAGGUACGGGAUACUGAGUUGGAUGAUCAGCCAUGAUCAUAUUGAAUGGCGGUGCAGGCUCAAAGGGCCGAAUGGCCUACUCCUGCACCUAAUUUCUAUGUUUCUAUGAAGCUCCAGCACCAAUUCGCUCAGCAUCGUGACCCUUCCGUAACAGUCGUGUUUUGUAAACCAGCUCGAGAGUAAUAGGUCUUAGCUUUAUCUCGUUCUUUUCCGCCAGACAUCUCCAUUCUACUGCUCAGAAACUUCAUUGAACUUGAAACCAAAGACUAUAGAGGAGCGCUCCUCUAGUAUCUUUGCUUGAAACCUCAUCGCAACUUUUAUAUCUCCCUAACGGAUGGACAAUGCUGCCGUUUUCAUUGGUCAAUUGAUUCCUCUUUGAUUAUUGAUUGGCCUUCCGCAGCAGAUUAAAACAGAAACGUUCCCCAAUUUCAGCCAAUACAACUCGAGAUCUUACCUAUCCCUAAUUAGCAUAUGGUAUCAACCUGAGAAGUUGACAGUUUCUUUCUUGGACGCCAUCUGACCGUAUAUACGUACUUAUAAUAAUACAAUUUACAUCGGGUAGAUUUGAGCGCUAUUCAUGCGAAUCUGGGGCGUCCUGGUUUCACUUUAAGUGAUUACAAAAUCCAAAUAUAGACUUUCUAUGUGUUUAUUUUUCUCUGAACGAAAUCUCAUUUUGAUGUCCAUCACCCAAGUUCCGGUAAAUAUCCCGGUUUUGGGUUUGAUUGAAUGUGCCUGUUACAGGCCGGCGGUUGCACUUCACUGACAAAUAUUGAAUUUAAAGGCAUUGGAUUAGGUCAUGUUUUUCCAUGUUGUGUACCUUAAUUAAGCUAUCCAAUUAUUGACGUGGUCGAUUCCCCGUGGAUGGCGUCGCCCGAUACAAAAAAAGAAAACUAAGGCAAAAAAUAAGAUUCAAUUACUGAGGAGAAACUUAAUCAGAAAACCUCUGAAAUUGUGCAAAGAGAAUAAUCUGACAUGUUGUGAACGUCGCGUCACGUUAAUAAAUAUAUUCUGGUUCAAUUGAUAUACGUUCUUCAGCAAAACGACAUUUUGUUUUUGUCCAAUAUUUGUUAUUGGUAAGAUUAUUUUUUCACUUUAGGAUUUAUGGACAAACCAAUCAAUCAAUCACCCUUUAUUGUCAUCUUGCAAGCAACAGUUGUACAGCAACUGUCUCAGGUGUCCUUUAUAUUUAUACAUUUAAUAAGAGGAAAUCUGAGACCGAGAUCUUUGAGUUGCUUGACUCUGCAGCGUCCGUCACAUCAAGUUAAAUAGCGGUUGCGGCUAGAAAUAUUUCACUUCUGGAGAGCGAGGUAGACACGCGCAGAUCACAGGGGGAAACACGUUUUUAUUACUGCGAUGAUCCAUACUGUACGCGCCAAUCGUACCGAGAGGAAGACCAAGGGCCCGCAGAUGACCAAAAAGCCCACAGUAUCCAAGUUAAUCGUGCAAGCAGUGGCAGCUACGAAUGAGCGACGCGGGCUCUCGUUAGUCGGUGUCAAGAAGGUGCUGUCGGACAGCGGCUACAAUGUGACGAAGAACAACUCUCGGAUUAACCAGGCGGUCAGGACCCUGAUCAACAAGGGCUCGUUAGUGAAUGUCACGGGCGUGGGCGCAUCCGGUUCCUUCAAACUUAGCAAGGAGCAGAAAGACGAGGUGCAGCGGGUGGAAAGAACAGUGAUUGUAUCUGGCGCUGCGGCUACCAAACAACUGAGGGGCAAAUAUGCGGCCAAAAGACCCGCUCGCGCGAAGAAACCCAGAAAGAAAGGGCCGUCCCGGCGGAGAAUGAAGGACGGAUGGCGCAGGAAGUUGACGAAAGGCGGAAGAAAAUUAAAAAAUGCCCCGAGAAAAAAAAUAGACCGGACGGGCGGGAAUGGAAGUCGCCAACGGGCAAAGCCGAGGAAAACGACCAGACCUCUGAAGAAAGCAGAAACACCUCUGGAUGAAACUAGCUCCGAGAAAGGAAACCUAGCUGUUUCGGGGCAGCAAGAGAGCACCUGAGUGAAGGCAGAUAAUUCAUAACAGACAACGGCUCUUUUCAGAGCCACAAAAAUAUGUCAUGAAAAUGCCAAAACGAUUGUGUGAAGUUUAAUUUGCGAUACUGCAUGGAGGGAGAUUGCAAAUUGAACAGUUAACAAUUUAAAAGGUGCCAAUUAUGCUGAAUAAUGAAAACAAAAACCUGCUAAAUAUGAAAUCGAAGUUUAUUCUCGAAUUAUUGAUUUGUUCACUGGAUAAUGUAUGACAAAAUGUGUAUGGUUUUUAUUUUGUUUACAUUUCAAAAUUGGAACACGGAAUCCUUCACAGGAUGAGGCAGCGGCCACAUGAAGUGCUGGAAUUACUCAGCGGGUCAGGCAGCAUCUUUGAAAAAAUCUCUGGAAUCAAUCUAAAGAAGACCCAAACCCGAAAUAUAUAUGAACGUGUGUGUGCGAGCCAAGUUAGAGAUAAAUAGAUCUCAAAGUUCCUACUCAUGGAUCAGAAGCAACUUUGAUUUAAAGCAACACUAUUUCUCUCUAUCUUAUUUAUUUACAUAGAAAAUAGGUGCAGGAGGAGGCCAUUCGGCCCUUCGAGCUAGCACUGCCAUUCAUUGUGAUUAUGGCUGAUCGGACCAAUCAAUAACCCGUGCCUGCCUUCUCCCCGUAUCCCUUGAAUACCACUAGCCCCUAGAGCCCAAUCUAACUCUUAAAUCCAUCCAGUGAUUUGGCCUCCACUGCACUAUGUGGCAGGGAAUUCCACAAAUUCACAACUAUCUAGGUGUAAACGUUUUUUCUCACCUCAGUCUUAAAUGGCCUCCCCUUUAUUCUAAGACUGGCCGCUGGUUCUGGACUCGCCCAACAUUUGGAACAUUUUUCCUGCAUCUAGCUUGUCCAGUCCUUUUAUAAUUUUAUAUGUUUCUAUAAGAUCCCCCAGAGAUUUGUCAGCUGAUGUACAUAAACCAUAAAGGCAAUUAUAUUAAUAAAUAUAUACAUAUAAAUAUAUGCAUAUAUAUAAAUAUAUUAAUUCAUAUAUAAAUAUAUGUAUACCAGACUAAGUCGGACUAGUUUAGUCCCAGUUUACACGGGAGGGCUGGUCCCACAAUGCAAUAUGCCACCUCUCCACCAAUUCCAAUAUUGCUGGCCAGUGGAGGGGGGAGGGCUUUCUGGAGCACUAGCAUGGGUGUUGUGGGCCGAAGGGACUGGUUUCCAGAGGGCUAGUAUGGACAUUGUCGGCAUACACACACACUCACUCACACACACUCACAUACACACACUCACAGACACAUACACACACUCACAAACACAUACACACACUCACUGACUCACACAUCGUAUAUAUCACACACAUCACCCCUUGCAAGGGGUGACAUUGAAACAGGAGAUGGUGAGUCAUUAUGGAUAGAACUAAGGAAUUGUAAGAG